GGUGGGAGGGACAGAUCACAGACGACGAGGAGGAGAAUGCUCCGUCUCCGCACGCACCACGCGAUGCUUCGAAUUCGACAAUUCCUUCCGUGGCCCUGCUCCUUCCCUUCCCUCCCUCCCUCCUUCCAUUCCACCGCAGCUGGCCACCACCACACAAAAACGGCAAAAACACACACCGCGGGCAAGCACCGCCAAUCUCUCCACACAAAAAAUCCAUCAACUACUCAACCCCCUCCUCCAGCCUCUGCUCGCCGCGCGCGGCGCUGUAGCAUUCUGCCGUCCAUCGUCGCCCCGGCUCCCCAUCCCUGCUCCUGGCGUCAACAUCCCAACCAUCCCCGGAGCGCGCCAGGGGUGGCGGCGACACGAGGCUGCUUACGAUCGUCGGCGACAGCGCCUCCUCCCACUCCAUGCCGUCGGCGGUGGCGGAGCCUUUGCCGGAUGGCAAGUACGAAACGGAUCGUGCCGGGGCGGUAACCGUCGUCGGGGCAGGCGCAGAUCACAGCAUCGACGGAGCGGUUAAUGGAAGCAAAGACGAGUCGUUCUUCGAAGCGAGGCCCUGGCUAGAUUCCGACAGCGAAGACGAUUUCUACAGCGUCAGAGGAGAUUUCACUCCGUCAAGAGGCAGCACACCCGUUCAUCCGAGAUUAACGCCCUCAAGUGGGCGGAUGCUGGCAGACAGGUCGGGUCCUUCUCUGGUAAAAAAGAAGCAGAGACUCCUCGAGCUUCUUCAGGAGGAGCAGCAUUAUGACGACGAGGAUGACAGCGUCACCGAUGCUAGCAAUGAUCUGGAAAGUAGCGCAGUUCAUGCCAUAGAAGAAGAAGAAGAACACACGAGGACUCGUCGCAGAAGUGAGAAAUCGAAGAAGUCAUCGGGGUCAGGCUGCCUUCCAACCUUCAUCUGGAAGCGUAGCUUCACAGCCUGCAGGAAGAAGAAAAAAGAAAAAGGAGCAGAAGGAUAAAGCGACCAAGCAUUACGGUGCCAAGUUAUGAUUUUGUAAAGAAGAGGAGAACAGAUUUUAAUAGGCUGCGGAGGUGCGUGUACAUAUACGUUUUGAGCGGUGUACUCUGCUAAAGAAAAAAGGUUAAAGGAAAGAUGAUGUAGGGUAAAAAUAUACAGGACUGGUUUGACAAAGGUGCAUUGCAGACUUUCAGCUCUGGACAUUGCAGAGAAAACAUUUAGAUUCCCCGAGAGGGAAGCUAUAGGUGUCGUAUAGUCUUAGAGCAACUCCAACAGUCCUGCUCUCUAAAUUAUAGAUUUAAUAAGUUGCUAAAUAAAUUUGGAAGUAAAAAAUGUGUGUUCUCCAAUAGUUCUCUAAAUAUAGGUUGUAGUUUUGUUUUGUAUCUAUCCACAUCAAAAAAUAUAAGUCAUAAAUGUCAUCAAUUA